CUGAUGGCAAGCUCCGACGUGCAGGACAACUGCUAGCUAGCUUCCUAGUACCAUAAGCUAGAGAGCUCCGGCCACCCAGCCAAGAGGCGGCGGCAGCCAGCAGGCAGCAGCCAUGGCCAUGGCAACCGUGCCCCCGCCCCCGAGGUGCCUGUUCCCGGGCAAGGAGCACCGGAACGCGAUCACGGUGCAGCAGUUCAAGAACUGGCUGAAGCAGUUCGACACCGACGGCGACGGGCGCAUCAGCCGGAAGGAGCUGCGGGAGGCCAUCCGCCGCCGCGGCGCGUGGUUCUCCGGCCUGCGGGCGCUGUUCGCCGUCCGGCGCGCCGACCGGAACCGCAACGGCUUCGUGGACGACUCCGAGAUCGAGGGCCUCAUCCAGUUCGCCGAGAGGGAGCUGGGGUUCAGGAUCACCACGGACGCGGCCCCCGCCGGCGGCCCGCCUCUCGGCCGCGUAGUGAUGGGCUCGCCGGCGGCGGCUCCUCCGCUCUACAAGUCGACCACGUACGUGGCGUAUUAACGUAAUUAAUUACGCCGCACGUCCUUAAGUAUGUAGCGGUGCAUGCACUGUUGCUGUGAUCCCGUGCUCUCGUUUUCGUCUGCCCAUGUCGUCGUAGUAGGCUCGUAUAGAUUAGAUUGGCUGCUACUCCGUAUAUGUGUAGCUUCAGCUUCUCCUCCGAAUAAUUUGUGUGGAAGCAGGAGGAAGCACGUACUGUACUCUGCACGUUUGGGUGUACCGCGCGCGUGUUGAAGUGAUGAUGCCGUCAUGCAUGUACUGUAGUAUAUUGGUUUUGCAGUAAUCCAUCCAUCCCAUGUGUUAUUAUGGACUC